AUGGCAUCAUACAAUGCUUAUUUCAUGAUCAUCAUCAUGUCUUUCAUGCUCUCACCCAUGCUUUCAUCAUAUUCACAACCUAUUCCCAAAGUUCCCACACUCUCAUCUUCACCAGCCACAUUAACAGAUCCUCCUCCAUCUCCACUAUCUCCAUUCCAAGAAUUGUCCCCAGACAUUGCUCCACUGUUACCUUCUCCUGGUGGUGUGUUGCCAACUCCUGCUGGCUCUGACAUUCCCCUCAUUCCUUCCAAUCCAAGCCCUCCAAACCCAGAUGACAUAAUUGCUCCUGGACCUCUUUCACCCUUUGGAUCAAUACAAGCUACCUCCAAUGCCCCUGCAAGUCUAGUUUGUAGCAUAGCCACUACUGCUAUUGCGGGAUUAGCAGCAUACUGGUCUAUAUAUGCAGCAGUAUAUGAGAUAUAUGAUAAUAUAAUGAACCCUUGUUUCUUUCUUUAUUGGGUUGAGAAUAAUUUUUCCAAACAGUAUCAUUUUUCUUUUUAUGAUUCUACUGUUGAUUUCCCAGUUGUAAUUAUUGAGCGUCACUUUGUUUAUAGCUGGAAACCUCGUUCAGAUGGAACUGAAGAGUUGCUUCCAGCUCUGUCUGGUUUGCAUGUAAUCAAUUUAGGUGAUGGCACAUGGUUUAAGCAUGUGUCAAUAUUUUCCGAGUUGCAACUGGAGCACGUGACAGACACCUAA